AUGGCUGGCGACCCGGACCCGCAUGACCCGCAUCACGAGGAGAGCUUUGAGGAGUUUACCGCGAGAUACGAGAAGGAGUUCGAGUCCGUUCAGGAUGUUUUCGAGCUUCAGCGCAACCUCAACAACGCUUUCGCAUACGAUCUCGUGCCAUCUCCCUCCGUCAUCAUCGCUGCGCUCCGAGCUGCUCGCCGGGUCAACGACUACCCUACCGCUGUGAGGGUGUUUGAGGGUAUCAAGGCCAAGGUCGAGAACGUCGGUCAAUACGAGGAGUACGUCAAGGAGUUGGAGGGAAUCAGGCUGGAGCUUGGCAUCAACCUCAAGGAGAACAUGUUUCCAGAGGCUUCGUCGUAA